UACCUUUUUUUUUGUCUUCCACCUCCACCUCCGCCUCGCGAGAUCUCCAACUCCAAUGGCGCCCGCCUCCUCCUAAACCUAGCCCCAACCCAGCCACCCAGUAGAAACCGGCGACCAUGUCGACCGAUAGGGAGAAGGAGCGGGAGGCGGAGCUGGAGGGCGCCAUGUAUACCAACUGCCUCCUCCUCGGCCUCGAUCCAGUCGUCCUCGGCUCCCCCGCCGGCGCGGCCUCUCCUCGCGUCGGCCUCUUCCGGCACUCCAACCCUCGCCUCGGCGAACAGCUCCUCUACUUCCUCCUAUCCUCACUCCGCGGCCCCGCGCAGUCCGCCAAGGACUUCGACAAAGUGUGGCCGAUCUUUGAUUCCGCGCAGUCCAGGGAGUUCCGCAAGAUCGUACAAUGUAUCAUCAGCGAGCUGGAGCAGCAGGGAGCGCUGCCACGGAGCAACUCCAGGGUUUCGUCUCUCGCCACCUGCUGCGGGCCGAGAUUUGUUGAGCUUUUGUGGCAACUCUCUGUACAUGCCUUGAGGGAAGUCCAUAGGAGAACAUUUGCGGCUGAUGUAGCAUCAAAUCCACUGCCGGCAGCACUCACAGACGUUUCUUAUCUUCAUGCAGCUGCAUUACUUCCUGUAACAAAGGCAAGGAUUGCUCUUGAGAGGCGUAAAUUUCUUAAAAAUGCAAACAUUGCUGUUCAAAGGCAGACAACCUGGUCAAAUUUAGCCCAUGAAAUGACAGCUGAAUUCCGAAGUCUAUGUGCUGAAGAGGCAUAUCUGCAACAGGAGUUAGAGAAGCUACAAGAUAUGAGGAACAAAGCCAAGCUAGAGGGGGAACUGUGGGACGAACGUAUCUCAAGCUCAUCUGGACAGAAUUCACAUUUGGUAUCUAAGGCAACACGUUUGUGGGAAUCGAUAUUGGCUCGCAAAGGCCAGCAUGAGGUUUUAGCUUCUGGGCCAAUUGAAGAUCUUAUAGCACACCGUGAGCAUAGGUACCGUAUAUCUGGAUCGCAAUUGCUAGCAGCAAUGGAUACAAGUUCAAGCAUCCCACAUUCUGAAUUACUAUCAGCCCGAGCUGGUGAAACGUCUCAAAUUUUGGACAAGCAGGAGCAGAUAUCUUUAUUCCAGGGAAAGGAAGAAGCUCUUCCAAGAUUAGAUGAUAGGAAUGGGCGUGUCCAACAAACUGUUGACGUAGCUGAAAUUCUUCGACGUUGGACUCAUGCUUUGCAGCGUAUUCAUAAACAAUCUCUUCAUUUGGCCAAAGCAAAUGAUGGGGAGGGGCCAGAAUUACUCCGCAGUGCAUCUGACAGCGAAACUAGUAGCCAUGCCGACUCAUUAACUGCAACAUUGGCCGAACAUCGCCAGCAUUUAGUCAGUAUACAGGGCCUAAUUAAUCAACUCAAGGAAGCUAUUCCAGCAAUGCAGCAGUCAAUAACAAAACUUUCCGAAGAAGUUAAUAGUGUACCUAGUAAUCUGAUGGAUCAAACAAACUCCAGACAGUUGUCUGUCCAAAAUACAGUGCUUGGAAGACCAGAACAGGAAAGCAGCGGCGAAGUUUCAGAGAUGACUUCUAAGCUCUGUUCAACACAGAUCGGCAAGGCUGGGAGUAGUCCUGCUCUAAAGCUACCUCCUCUAUUUAGUCUGACUCCAAGUUCUUCUGGAAAAGGAGCACAGACACAAAGACGGAAUGCCUUAGCACACCAACCUAGGCAAGAAAUUAUGCCUGAAGAGAAAGCACUUACCCACCCCUCAGCCAAAGAUCAAGCAAAUGGUUCGAUGCAUGAAAAUGAUGGUUAUUUUGCUCAUGACAUCAGACGUUCUGUUCGUGAAGCUGCUCUAUCAAAGCCAUUGAGCAACAUGGAGAGUCCACAGGACAAGAGUAGUGAUGAUGGUUCGGAGCACUUCUUCAUUCCCCUAUCAACAGGUGCUGCAAGGAAGGAUGUGGGUGCCGUGGCAAACCGAAGAAAACAAAAGAUAGGUCCAUCGUCGUCACAGUCGAAGUUACCCAAGAGCACAAGCGAUCUUUACUUCAAUCCUGACAGCCCAAUGCAUACAACCCCAGCUGUGUCAAGUAAACUGAAUGGCCAUGACGAUCCAAGCAGUGCUGCAAACUUUUUUUACCCAGUCAGUGGUCAGUCGUUUAUGACAGAUGAUGCUCUUGAUCAAGUAUUCUCCCCGCCACUUCUGCUGGAGUCUUCCUUGUUCCCCGACAUGUACGAGGACUUGCUUGCACCAUUAUCAGAAACUGAUGCAGCUUUGAUGGAACAUUAGGCUUCACGUGUACACCAUGUAAUACUUUAACCACCCUGAAGCUUCAGUGCUUAACUGCAGCCCAGAGGUUCUGAUGGCUUAUUUCCAAGUGCGGAUGGCACAUACGGAGUGAAUUCUGUUGCUUGUUGAGUUGCAUGCCAGUUGCCACCAGCUUGUGAGAGGGAUGCUUGUGCAUCCUAUGUUGGAUCUGGAGAGAAGGGCGGCAAGGGGUAGAUGGUAUGGGAUGGGACAGUAGGAUGUACCGACUGCCAGUAAAAGGUUGCCAAUCUUAUGUUAGUACACAUGAUCUGUAUUUGUGUUGUAGUAAUUUUAUAUCCUCUUAUUCAAGUUGCUGUUUUGAUGCGUCCCAAUUGUUAUCCCCCAUGUCUUUAGGGCUGUGAGGCUAUUGGCAUGUGCCGGAUUGAUAAAAUGUUUGUUUUCUUUCGGAAGGAACUCUGUUAGUUAAUACUAGAAGGGUGAUUUUCAGUACAGUAGUAGGGUUAGUGUAUAUAUGUUAUCCUUCAAAUUUUGGGAAGCUUGUUUCCUUGCACACUUUUUUAUUGUAAAGAUGAGUAUUCUUGUUGAGUUGGUUUGAACAGUGCAUACUAGUGGUAAUGCAAAUGACGUAAUGUUGAUGUUACAA